CAAACGACUGAGAGGCCAUAUAAGAAAAUCUAGGGUUUCGAUCCGCAAUUUCUUCGAUCGGCUUCAGGACAGCAAGGAGAAAAGGGAAAAGAAGAAAAUUUCAGGCUCCUCUGAGCUCCCAUCCGUUGCUGUGAGUGUUCGUUGUUCCUUACUAUCGUUUGAGGCCUUCUUUCUCCGUCCACCGAGUCUGAGGCGGGAGCUGGGGUAUGUAGCUCUCGGUUUGACGAUUUUCAGUGGAUUUUGUUUGCGAUCGGUUCGGCGAGCCUUUUCGAGCAGCUGUUGUGGUGGUUUCUGCUGGAAUUGAUUGGGGAGCUGUGGGAAAGCUAGGGUUUGAAUCGUUUGAUUGUCCGGUUGUCGGAGGAGGUAAGGGAAAGGACGAUUUUCUGGUGUUUUUUCUUGAUUCCUAGGUCGAGGUUAGGAUUCGGAAGCGGAAGCGGCAGCUGCUGGAGAGGUAGGUGGAAAAAUUGAAGGUUGGCCACCGAUCCUUCGGGGAGAGAGGACCACCGUGUCAGCUGCCAAGGGAUCUGCCUGGUCUGGUUUCCAGUUGGGAGAAAGGGUUUGGGAUUAGGGUUGGGGUGAAUUUACAGUGAGAGUGGUUGGGUUCCGUGCACUUGCUUGGAAUAGGAAGGGGAUGCUCCAGAAAUGGCACGUAGAGGAUCGCCGCAGGGUGCCGCAGAGAUGGCGAUCGGGGCCAUAGGGCGCGGUUACGACGUUGCGGUGGAUCUUCGGCUCAAGUACUGCAAAUUCAACUCUCCUGAUCCUCAUUUGAUCGAGCUCGAUCAGGACCACGUCCAGGAUGUCACUUUGCCGGGAGGGAUCUCGGUUGCCAACGUUCCGACGUCGAUCAAGUGUGACAAGGGUGAGCGGAUGCGGUUCAGAUCGGACGUGUUGUCCUUUCAGCAGAUGUCAGAGCAAUUCAAUCAGGAUUUAUCACUGGGCGGCAAAAUCCCAUGUGGCUUAUUCAACACCAUGUUUGAGUUUACUGGUUCUUGGCAAAAGGAUGCAGCUGGUACCAAAAGUCUUGCAUUCGAUGGAUGGUUUAUCACCCUCUUCACUGUUGGAUUAACAAGAUCCCAGGUAGUUCUGCGUGAUCAUGUUAAGAAAGAGGUCCCAUCUUCGUGGGAUCCUGCUGCAUUGGCAAGAUUUAUUGAAAAAUAUGGUACACAUAUUGUAACUGGGGUAAAAAUGGGUGGAAAAGAUGUAAUUUAUGUGAAACAGCAGCAUAAUUCCAAUCUUCAACCAGCUGAAGUUCAACAACACGUAAAGGCAAUAGCUGAUCAGAGAUUUUCAGAUGCAAGUGGCCGUUAUGGCAUUGAUUCUGAAGAAAUUUCAAGAAGAGGCAAGCAUGACAUCAUGGAGAACUUUUCCAAUUUUCAUAUCAGCAGUACAUCCAUGUCUAUGUCAAGCAAGGAGGGAUUUAUCAUAGUUAACAAGAAGAGGGGUGGCAGUGAUAAGAACUUAUCCCAUAACCAAUGGUUAGCUACAGUCCCCCUAGAUCCUGACGUCAUCUCAAUGACUUUUGUUCCGAUUACAUCUCUGUUGAAUGGAGUUCCUGGUAGUGGAUUCCUGAGCCAUGCUAUUAAUUUAUAUCUCCGCUAUAAACCACCAAUUGAAGAGCUUCACCAAUUUUUUGAAUUCCAGCUGCCAAGGCAAUGGGCACCAGUGUUCAGUGAGCUUGCCCUCGGUCCUCAGCGAAGACAACAAAGCAAUGCUGCACUUCAAUUCAGUUUCUUGGGGCCCAAGCUUUAUGUUAAUACCGACUUGGUUGAUGUGGGUAAGAGGCCAGUAACAGGCCUGCGGUUAUUUUUGGAAGGAAAGAAGAACAACAGGUUAGCCAUUCAUCUGCAGCACCUGUCCACGCUGCCAAAGAUUUUUGAACUCAGUGAUGAUCCAGACUUCCAUGUUGAGGAAGCUGACAGGAACCGCAAGUAUUAUGAAGCUGUCCAAUGGAAGAGCUUCUCUCAUGUGUGCACAGCUCCGGUGGACCGCGGGGACGACCCAUGGAUUGUCACCGGUGCCCAGUUUUAUGUUGGCACUGUUGGAUUGAAGAAAGUACUCUACUUGAGGCUCCGAUUUUCAUUAGUUGCCGGUGCUCGUGUGCGAAAAUCAGAUUGGGAGGGAUCGCCAGGUAUUGCACAGAGGUCUGGAAUCAUAUCUACAUUAAUCAGUACCCACUUCUCAACCGCCCAACGACCGCCACCAAGGCCGGAAGAGGUUAUCAUCAAUUCAGCUGUUUACCCUGGAGGUCCGCCAGUGCCUGUGCAAGCGCCCAAGAUGUUGAAAUUUGUAGAUAUGACAGAAAUGACAAAAGGUCCUCAGGAUAUUCCGGGAUAUUGGGUUGUCACCGGUGCAAGGCUUAUGGUGGAGAGGGGUAAGAUCUCACUGAAUGUAAAGUAUUCACUUUUGACCAUCAUCACAGACGAUGAGGUGUAGGAUAAAUUCCUUCAGUCCAAUGUGAGGCGACAGACCAACCAUUGCCACAUCUUCUGGGAAAAUUUGGCCUGUAAUGUUGGUGUAAUUUUUGUGUUUGUGUGCAAUAUAAUUUGUGAAGAUUGGAAGAAUCCGACUUGCUGUAAGGGUGUCUGUAUUUUCACUACAAUAUGACUGUGGAUAUCAGUAUCUUUGGAAAGUCCAUGUGGAAUCUUUUGAUGCUUGUUAAAAGCAUUGUUUUUUUUCAA